CAAAAGUGACAAAUCUAAAGUGACAGGCGUUUGUUUUGUUGUGGAAAAGUGACAAUAUUGAAUUGAAAGUCCGUUUCAGUUUUAUAUAUAAUUUAAAUUUAAAAUGGAAGGCGCUUAUAAAGAUAAAUAUUCUUUCAUCGGCGAGUGGUAUGAUAAUCAGGCAAGUCUCAUACGCCGGUUUAACGUCUUUUACUAUCCCACGGACGAUACGCUUGAAAUGUUCGAUUUGAAAAAUCGCAAAACCUUCGUCCGCAGAGUUAAAGUAAACGGUAUAACAUUAGACAAUUUCUAUAUUGGAUGUACGUUAUGCAUUCUGGGCAGGCUGAUUAAAAUAGUUGAUUUCGCGUGUGAAGAUACGCGGAAAAAAUUGCACAAAGAUAUGGAAAUAACAUUUGCGAUGUUAAAGCCUUUGCCAACAAAGAUAGCAGGUAAAAUUCUUACACAUUUCCAAGAGCAUGGACUACGUGUGACUAAGAUGAAAAAGGCUCGUUUGACUGCCGAUGAUGUUAACAUACUGUACAGAACACAGCUAACCGAUCCUACAUUCCCAUUUCUCCUGGACUUUUUGACUGGUCAACUUAUCUACGGUCUAGAGCUGGUUGGGAAGGAUGCAGUUUCAGUUUGUUUAAAACUAUUAGGAGAAAGGGACCCAUCAAAGGCUGCACCGGGCACCAUAAGAGCUCUAUAUGGAACUGAUAUGGUUAGGAAUUGUGUGCAUGCAUCAGGCACUUUAGAAGCAGCUAUGGAGGAUCUAGAAUAUUUUUUCCCACCACCUCCACUGAACACAGCUCGGUUGAGACUAACUGCCACAUUGUCAAACUGCACUCUAUGUAUAGUAAAACCACACGCAGUGCGCGAGGGCAAGUUGGGCGCAGCUUUAGAAUGCAUUGAUGAAGGCGGUUUCGAAGUUACCGCACUCAACAUGAUUGUAGUUGAGAACAUAAAUGCAGCUGAAUUUUAUGAAGUUUACAAGGGGAUAGUACCAGAGUAUAAGGGAAUGGUCGAAGAACUUUCUAGUGGCCCUUGUGUAGCUAUGGAGAUAGUUGCUAAAGACAAGAGUCUAAAUACAGCCGUCGAAUUCAGAAAACUAGUUGGACCUUCAGACCCUGAAAUUGCGAGGCUUUUGCGUCCACAUACGUUAAGAGCAAAAUUAGGAAAUACUAAAGUGCAAAAUGCUAUACACUGCAGUGACUUAGCUGAAGAUGGUCUACUAGAAGUCGAAUAUUUCUUCAAAAUACUGGAUUUAUAAAUUAAGGCUGAUUUCUUAAAUAUAUUUAUUAGUUGAUUACUUAAACAUGAUACUCAGUGUGAUUGGCGAUUGAUCAGGUAAUGUUUGGAUAUAAUUGUGUUAAUUUUGAGUUUGGAUAUGUAUGUCUUAAUAUGACUUUAUUUUGAUUUUAUUAGAAUUAAACUCGAAUGAAAUUCCAAAUAAAUAUUUAAACUAUU